AUGCUUAAAAGCAGCUUUCGUCUUCUCUCCUCAUCUUCAUCUCGCCUUCUAACCUCAUCUCCUCGAUUUUCUGCUCAUUACCCAGUUCUACGCACCUACCCAACCCCAUUCCACCGCCAAUCCGUCAACAUGUCUGGCAUGACCCCCGUUUUCACAACGGGUGCCUGCCCUCCUGCCGGCCCCUACUCCCAAGCUAUCCGUGCCAACGGCCAGCUCUUCAUCUCCGGCCAGAUUCCCGCUGAUGCUUCCGGCAACCUCGUCGAGGGCAACAUCGGCGAAAAGACACAGGCCUGCUGCAAUAACAUCAAGGCCAUUCUGGACGCUGCCGGGUCCAGUGUUGACAAGAUCGUCAAGGUCAACGUCUUCCUCACUAAUAUGGCCGACUUCGCCGAGAUGAACGCUACCUAUGAGAAGUUCUUCACCCACAAGCCGGCUCGUAGCUGUGUUGCCGUUGCUCAACUGCCCAAGGGUGUGCCGGUCGAGAUCGAGUGCAUUGCUCUGCAGUAA